CAUUUCAACCCUAAGAAUCAUCUCCCUUUCUCUUCUUUCUUGUGGUAGCCACACGCCACCACCAGAAUCCAUCCAUCAUUUUGGACAGCCCACUUUCUUCUUGUAGUAAGACGAUGAAUCCGUCCUCCUUUGAGAUUCAACAAUCGGCAACCCCAUCUCAAACCCCGCAAAACGAGAGUAAUAUUAAUGAUCUGGAAGCACAAGUUGCUUCUACUCCAGAUCUUGAUCUUGUUCCGGUUGUCGAUUAUUCUAAGAGGGCUCAGUGGCUUAGAGCUGCUGUUCUAGGUGCAAAUGACGGGUUACUGUCAACCGCAUCUUUGAUGAUGGGGGUCGGAGCCGUCCGGCCCGAUGUCAGGACCAUGAUCCUCACCGGAAUAGCCGGGUUGGUGGCCGGUGCAUGUAGCAUGGCCCUCGGGGAAUUUGUCUCCGUGUACUCGCAGUGCGACAUAGAGCUGGCUCAAAUGAAGAGAGAAAAAAUUGCCAACGCUAUUGAUAGAAACGAGUACGAUGCCAAGAAAGAGGAUUUGCCGAGCCCCCUGCAGGCGGCGGCUGCAUCUGCCUUUGCUUUUGCCAUGGGGGCAGUGGUGCCUUUGCUGGCUGCUGCUUUUGUGAAGGGCCAUCAGUUGCGGCUUGGAUUGGUGGUAGCUGCUUCAAGCCUCGCACUCUUAGGGUUCGGAUGGCUGGGUGCCUUCCUGGGGAAGGCACCUUUAGUGAAGUCUUCAUUGAGGGUGUUAGUUGGAGGAUGGAUGGCCAUGGGAAUCACCUUUGGUGUAACAAAGUUAAUUGCCAAAACUGGAGUGUAAUCAUUAUAUAUAUUCAGAUGGAUGCUGCUAGGCUUUGUCUUGCUUUUGAAUACCAUGCAUCAGUUUGGCCAUUAGCAUAAUUAAGCAUGCAUGUAUCUUUGUUUUUUGAUCUCGAACCAUC